AUGGUCAACAACAGAGACAAGUUACAGCCAUCUUUCUCUAGUCCAAUCAUUUCGCCCGACAAUGAGUUUGGCUAUUAUCUACAUGUGCCGCCAUUCGAUCACAUGCAAGACCAACCAAGGCUUGCCAUUGCUUCGAUUGACAAGUUUGACAAAGAAAGCCCCAAAAUAUAUGAAGUGCGUCCAUUGCAUUCAGACAUUGCAGACUCGCCGCCCUUGUUUUCGUCUUCCAUAAAUACAUCUGCCUCGACACUGGAAGAAGUCAAGUUGGCAGAGAGACAAAUGUUUCAGCAGACUUGCCCAGAGACUUUUGACACAAUCCAAAGUGUAUAUGAUGCAGGGCCCAAUCGACAAUAUCAUUUUAAAAAAUUGAAGCAAAUGAUGAGCUACUAUGAGAAAAGUAAUAGUAUUACGAAUAAUCACAACGACAGUAGUAACAUCUACCUAGAUCACUUGCAAGAUCCACACAAUACCAACCACGAACAGCAGGAAUCAGCAAACACUUUACCACAUGGGCCAAUCAUUGAUCCUCCGCCAAGGCAUAGUAGUAGAAACCACUACCGUAACGCUUCACCUAAUUUAAAGCGUUACGAUUCAUCCAAAAUCGUCAGAUAUACGUUAGUCGACAAGGAGCUUUCGCACACCAAAAGCACCAAUUCUAGCUAUCAUCAGAGAUUAAACGAGUACGAUAAUGACGCUCGCCCAGUAAACACAGAUCAACAGCAAAUGGCAGGGCCACAUCAUACACCACCACCACUACCGAGUUAUCAUCCUAGUCUGCAUCCAAAAUUACAGACGGCCUCCUACCAUGAUUACUGGACUACAAGUGAUAGCAGCAACUAUUCCUCAAGCCGAGACUCCAAAUGCUCAUCGCAGUUUCAGACAACGGACAGCAACUAUAGCACAACGUACGAUCAACGCAAUCAACAGAUAUUGAAAGAGCUAGGAUACAGUCCAAACAUGUUUUUUGGUUUUCAAAAUUCGAUUCAACCCGUAGAGGAAAAGACCAAGACAGAAGCCGCCUUUUAUUUACGUUCGCCAAAGCAGAAGGAGGAGGAGUCUGCUCACACUGAUGGCAACCAAACCAAGCAACCGGGAAUACCUUAUUUCACUUACUUGUGUACGCUUGUUAUGAUUGCCUACUUUGCUGGAUGUUUGAUCAAGAACUACCAACUGACAGGUGCUGUCAUACAAUUAUCUCCUUUCAAUGUCAUGGUUGGGCCAUCUGCAGAGGCCCUGAUAUACACGGGUGCUCGAUUUACACCGUGUAUUCGUGCCUCUUCCUUAUACCCCGUCAAUGACAAGAUAUACACAUGUCCUCGAAAUCCAGCUUCUGAUGUAGUGACGAGGCCAAUAUUCAAUGAUCAGGACUCUGCCGGUAUUUUUGUCAUAAAUAGAACCAGCUCUCAGAGCGUCUGUGAUUUACAGAGUGUCUGCGGCGGUAACUCAUUCAAUGAUCCCUCAACACCCGACCAAGGCUAUCGAUUUAUAAGUGCUAUGUUCAUGCAUUCAGGUAUUGUGCAGUUGGCCAUUAAUAUGCUGGUUCAUAUAAGGCUUGGCAUGCGAGUAGAGAAAAGGAUCCAUUCUGGACGAUAUGCCGUCAUUUGGCUGAUUUCAGGUGUUUUUGGUUAUUUAUUCGGCUCUCUUUUUGUACCAGCUGGUAAUGUUAGCAUGGGCUGCUCUGUUCCUCUCAUGGGUAUAAUGGCCUUUCUCUGCGUGGAUCUCAUUAGACAUUGGCAUACAAUAGUACAUCCGGUGAGAGUAUUGGUAUGCAUUAUUAUUUAUUUCGUGAUCACAUUGGCCAUUGGCCUGCUGCCAGGAUAUGACAAUUUCUCUCAUAUUGGCGGCUUUAUUGGAGGCACACUUAUCACGCUGGCUACAUUGCCCAUAUCACCAUUGUGUAUAAACACGAAACAUGAUAAACAGUCUGACCAAUCCAUGUUGAUUUGGCUGAUGCGUAUCUUGAUGCUGGCGUUCAUUGCUGUACUGAUGUGGAUGCUCGUGUAUCUAUUCAUAAACAAUGGGUCACAAAAGGUAUUCAAUGCAGACUGA